AUGCAACGGUUUUGCAAUUUACAUAUAUUUGCAAUUCAUAUAUUAAGGAAUGAUAACUUAAAAAUUAAUCAAGAAAAGGCGCGUGAUCCAAGUGGUAAAAAUUGGCGGUUCAGAUUAUUGGAUCCACCUGUUGGUAAUUCGUCGGCUUUAUUACGCGAUAGUGUUCAAGAGUUUUCGCCAUAUGUUCAGGAGAAAGAACUUUUCAAAGCAUCCUCGACGCAGCAGAUUGAUGAUAAUGUCAAGUUAGCUAGUCAGUACAACCGAGGAUUUGGAGCUAGUGCUCUUUUGGCUUCUUUAAAUGCAGCUGAUCAGCAGAAUCAGACGGAAGCUUAUCAAACUAAACAUUUUCAAUCAAUUGGAGAUUCACAACAAAUGAUAUCGCAACUACCUGAAAGAAACUGCCAGCAGAGGAACUCGACUUUCAGUAAUUGUGGCUCAUCGCUUAUAGCUGAAAACUCUGCUUCUACUCAAAACUUUAAAGAUAUCAGUCGAAGUUCAUUGUACGCUAUGUCUACUUCUAACAGAGGACCUAAUCAAUCAUUACCUAUGCAUUUCACACCUCGUAAUUUACCACAUGGUCAAGCAAAGCAAAUACAGUCUAAACGCAGCAGCUUUGACGAUGGGACAUCUCCAAAUACACAAGUAAAAUCUAAUUCAGAACUAAGUAUACUUGAAAUGGAAUCUAUUGAGUCACCAACCCCUUCUGAAAUGAAUUCUCCAGUUGAAUCCUGUUUUGCAAAUAUAAUGGAAGAUCAAGGAAGUGAUAGCUUUGAUUUGAAUAAUAUUACACCGUCCAUAAAUCUUUCAUCAUCUGUUGGUGUGUCUGGUUCUACCAUUGAUUUUCCAUAUCAGACACCGGAUUCUUCUGAACGUUUACAGCGUACUACAUCAUCAUCGUCAGCAACAGCAAAAUCAAUGCUAAAAACAGGGAAUAAGCUGGAUUCUUUGGUACAAAUCAGUCCUGUAGAUAUGAAUCCUUUUCUACUGAAAGAAAGUACUAAAAUCAGUCGAGAUGACACUGGCAUGACAGUAUCGUCCUCAUGUCCAGCUACUGUACCAGAUGACUUAUGUACAACAGAUAAUAAUACUAGUCCAUUACAGUCAGGAUCAAGAGCUGCUCAGUCAGUGCUAAGUGAAAGCGGUAGUAGUCCAUUGGGUGGUUUAAAUAGUACACCGGAGGCUACUAGUCUUCCGGUAAGUCAUGGCACUUUAAGCAUUGGAAAUAUAUCUUCCCCAACGAAUGGGCGAAAUGUAGAUGAUCAACGGGUAGCUUGGAUGAGAGAUCGAUCGAAAAAAGAUAGUCAUAAUCGAAUUGAACGUAAGCGACGAGAUUAUAUUAACUGCCAAAUUGCUGAACUUGGAAGUUUAUUACCUGAAGAUAUGUUCAGAGAUGGUGAUGGUAAGAAGAACAAAGGAAAUAUAUUGAAGAAUUCAGUAGAAUUUAUUUGUUUAUUACGUUCGGAAUUGGCACAAAUACCGGAAGUUCGACGAGAAACUAGUUUAGCUGCAAAAGUUAUCGGACAAUUGGUCAAACGCAUUCAGGAAUUAGAAUCAGUUACAAAUGUAGCAUCUAUGCAAACUUCACAUGCAAAUCGAAAUAAUCCGGAUUAUCAAAAUCUGUAUCAAGAAUGGAGUAUAUUACAUGAAAAUAAUUUACUAAAUUCAGUACCGAUUUGUACAACUAACUCACCAAUCACAAUAUCAUCAUUUCCACAGUCUACAACAGCUGGUGGUUCAUCACCCGGCCUAUCUUCUGUUGGUACAGAUGAAAUGAUUAACAGUGAUACAAAAGUUGUUUUCGCAAAUUCUAUGGCUUCACCGAUUGUUGGAUCUGCUCCGGUACGCAGUAAUCCAUUAAGCAGUUUUCCGAGGAUAAAUUCGCCUGUUUCUAACACGAAUUUCUCCACCCGACCUACUGGGGGCGGUGGAACUGUCCUAGACUCACCUUUAAGACUAAUACGUGGAAGGUGUACAUCGUUGACAGUGUCUACAACUGGGGUUAAUAGUUCAUCUAGUGAUGUAAAUAUGCCUUGUGUACGGCUUCAUGCCCCAGAAUAUCAACAACAGCAGACUAAUAAAAUGAGAAAUCAACGUAAUUUUCAAUCAAAUCAAUCUCCUCAACCACGCAUUUUCCAGUCCGGCAAUCAAUCACAGUUAUGUUGUUCACAGUUCCAGUCUCAACCUAUAUCACAAUCUCAACAUCCUUCAUCUUCGUUAUCUCCUCAGCAUCAUUUAACUGUCCAGCAUCAAUUACAGCUAUCUAGUCGUUCAGGAAUGACUUUUGGAUCGAUUCCAAGCCAACAAUACAUUAAUUCGCACAAUAUUAGUGCAAGUUUACCGGUGAAUGUUAAUCCGUUACUUUGUGGUGUACAAGAUUCUGAUAAUAAUGAUUUUAACGAUGAUAAGAUUACACAAUUAUAUUCAUUUGAUUCGUCAAAUAGUUCAUUUAUUCCUCAAUUAAAAUCUGAACCAAUUUGUGAAACAGAUUCAAAUUACAAUUCAAUUCACUCAUUAAGUUUAGAUUUAUGUCAUGGUAACAUAAAUAAUACAAUUUUAGAACCGGUCACACAUUUUGAUCCAUUAAUUGCAUCUGUUGUGCAAUCAUCAAAUCAACAUUGUCAACAACACCAUCGACACGAACAACAAUUGCAUCAACGUUACCAAGAUCAACAACACCGACAACAUCUAUGUCAUCAACUUCAACAACAACGUUCUUUAUUGAAUCAUAGCGGGAAAUCAUCUUCAAAAACAUUAGAUUUAUUUCCACCACCAAUAAUUGGUUUAGAUAUAGAUGAAUUUCAGUUUGAUGAUGUCCCCAUGGAAUAGCAAUGCUACUACUAAUUAAAUACUAUCAGUAACAAAAAUGCAUAGAUUUACCGAUUCACUAUAUUUAACUAUUCUUAUUUUCUACUAUUUAUGUAUAAAAACUAUUCAUCAUAUAACCUUUUAGAAAUAUCAUUUUAGUUUAGUAGUUUCACUCUUCUAUUCUCUUAUUUUCUUAUUCAUUGUCAAACAAAUUGGGUUGAUCUUUCUUUUCCGAAAAAGGUGGAUAAAAAAGCACCGUUUCAUUUUUUUUGUCGUGUACAUCUCUGUUUGUAUGUCUACUUACUACCUUGUUCGUUGUCCUUGUUGUUUCCCUACUUGUUUGCCUCUCUUCUGUGUGUGUCUGUAUUUUUUUCUCCUCGUUUUUCUUCAUAUUAUUUCAGAAAUGCACACACGCACACACAGGUGACAGUAUGUUUAGGAGAGGAUACGGAUCAGGCACUAGUUUCAUUUACCAUUAUUGUUACCAUUAUUAUUUGUUUUAAGUAAUAUUUCAAGGUAGGCACAAUUUAGCGCCUUAUCUCAUUCGAAUAAUGAGAUUAGAUGGUUUUCUUACUUGUAUACAAAAAUAUAAAAAGACAAUUGUUGGCAUUUUCCCUCCUCACACUCUGGUUACUAUUCAAAGCAGUUAUUAUUAAUCUAGUCGCAUAUAUACAUAUUGUUCACAUUGCUUAUAAAAUUAUGUGCCUUUUGUACGAUCGACUAUUAAUUUAUCUUUACAUUAUCAUUUUGUCAAAAUGGAUGGUGAUAACGUUGGAAUAUUUCCUGUGCUUGUCUUGUUCACAUUUUGUAGAAAUUUUCUUGCUUCAGGUUAGAAGUAAAUUUCAUUCAAUUAUAAAAUCACCCACAACAGUUAAAAAUUCCACGUUGUCAUCAUUAUAAUCAUUAUAUUUUGUUUGUUGUUAUAUCCAGAUAUUCUUUGUUUAUGGGUUUCUUCCUUCCCUUAAUUCUUUUCAUGCUGUCUGCACACAACUAACAUUUUGUGUUGUUUUCUUUUGUGGUUGUUAUAUUCAUGUUUCAUUUUAUUUUCUCAUCAUUAGCUUUAUUUUCAGUGAAUACUAGGGGGUUAUUCAACAGCGUAGAUAUUUUAGGCGGUUGUCUGUUUGAUAUUCCAGUUUUGCAUUGAGUAGUUCUUGUUUGUAUAUGUUCAAUCGAUAACUACCGUUGUUAUCUUUUGUUGAGAUGUACAUAUACUUAUGAAUUACUUUUUGUCAUGCUAUCCCUUUCCAGGAAUUAUAAACCGAUAAUGAAAAACAGACCGACAUGUGUAUUGUAAAAUUGCAUAAAACUACUUCCUUCAUAAAAUAUCUAUCAUCUACUAUGAUUUUAUCUUCAAAGUAGUCUUUUUUGUAGAUGAUUUUACUUUUAUAGUCACUUUUUCAACAGAAAUCAAUAAAUAUCCAGUCUUUCUUUUUUUUUCAUCAAAAUUUCUAUUUUUCCUUAUUUUUGCUAUUAUACCAACCCUUGAGGAGACAUGUCGUCUUUUCGGCGCCAUUUAUCUUUAUUUUGAUUUAAACGAAGUUGAUUUACUACACUUUACUCUUUUUCCGUGCACAUUUAAAAUUCGCGCAAAAACCUGAAAAGAAAGAUGAUUUUCACAAAAGGAGAUUUGUUGUACAAUGAAAAUUUACUAUUGUUUACACAAUUAAUUAUGGGCAUUAACCUAACGUUUCUAUCCUCUUUAUGUUGUCUACUUCGUUACACGGAUUACGCGGUUAUCUGAAUAAAUGACUGACGAUAAGUAUGAACGGAACAAUAAGAAUAAUGGAAAGCCACCCGUUAAAUUGUUGUUCACUUAUCUAUAUCAUCAUAUUAUUAUUAUUAUUUCUGCUUUUUUCCCGUCAUAGAUCUUAAGAACAUAUAUAAGAAUAUAUUACAAUUUCAUGUAUCAUUAUUUAUUUAUGGAGAUUUGAUUAGGAAUAAAUGAUUCAUUUAAUAAUGAUGUCUUUGAUGAUUAUCUGUCACAGAUCAUACGUAAUGGGUUUCCUUAAAUCUUCCUACUUUUUUUUUACUUCAUUACUUGUUAACUGCAUUGAGUUUUCCCUAUUUCUUACACACACACAUUGGAGUAAAUGUCAAUCAGCUAAAUAAUGAAAUCUCUUUCUCCCUAACGUCAUUAUUUUUCAUUAUGGCUGUAUAUCAUAGUCUUAUUAUAAUCUGUAUAGUUUUGGAUCCACACUAAAUCUCUAUAGAAUGUCGUUUCACUGAAUUUAUUUGUGUACAUCAUUUACUUAUUUCCGCUUAUUCUGAUUGUCUGCUUUUGCGUAUAACACACUACAAAAUCAUAAGUCGAAUCCCAAUCAGCUUUCUUCGCUUUUUAUUUUGGUACGUGUUUUUCGCCACCUCUUUUUUAUUCGUUUUUCCAAAGAUCUUUUCUCAUCGCUUUAAUUGAAAUUAUUAUUAUCACUACCAUUAUUGUGUUCAUUUACAUUUGCGUCGACAUUAUCUAUCUCUUUGGACUUAAGAUUUGCGUGUCUAGUUAUUUUUCAUCGUCUUAGCAUUUCCCCCAUCUCCAUUUGUUUUUGUGUGUCCUUGUCACUUACACUUUUUUAUAUUUCAUUUUUAUUGCUUUUUAUAUUUUACGGAGGAAAAAAAUCAGCCAUGAAAUAAAGAAACUUGUACUUGCGUUUG